UCAAGUCGUCCUGGCUCGAAGGGGACUUGGGAGAACCAGUCGGGUGCUCUCGACAAGCCUGUCCCGUGGUGCAGAUUCGUGGGCAAGCGUGUGACAGAGCGUCGCGCGAGUGCUCAGCUGCCCAAGAUGGGCAACUCUUACGGUGGCUACUUCUCCCCCGGCGCCCCGAAGAAGGACGGCACCACCCUCGUGGAGCUCCAGAUAUCAAAGCUCGACGACGCGCACUUCAUUAUCGGGGAGUCGAUCGAUGGCGCAUUCACCCCAGUCUCGCUAGUGCCCCAGAAGAGCAUGGCCACUUGCUGCUGCUGCGUGCCCAUGUGCUACGUGGCCAUCCCUCACGGCUUUUCCGCGAUUGUCUCCAAGUUCGGGGCCGUGGUGGAAGGUGACGAGGAAGAGGGCACGUGGUCCUCGGGAUGCCAUUGCUUCAGCCCGCUGAACAACGUUGACCGGCUGGUGUCAAGGCAGCUGAUGGUUUUCGACACGCCAGUCAAGGGCUGUAAGACGAAGGAUGCUAUCACUGUGAAUAUCGACGUGCUCGUGGUAUUUGAGAUCGUGAGGGCGAAGGACUUUGUGUACUCCAUCGGGCCUGAGAAGUUCGACGACCUGUUGCGCGCUUCGCAGGACGAGGCGCUCAGGCAGAUGGCUUUCGAGAUCACUGUGGAGAAAGUGCACGACCUCCGAGGCACCAACACGCAGCACAUCAUCGACGAGAUGAACACCAAGUUCGAGAGGUACGGCGUGAAGGUGCACCACUUCACCGUGAAGAACGUGACCCUCCCCCGGGAGAUGGCGAACGACUUUGAGGAGAAGACGCUGUUCGAAUCUAAGACGACGAUGCAGCACAUGAAGCAGUCCUUCGACCGUCUUAAGCUCAACAACGACGAGGGGAAGCAAAAGUUGCGGGAGGAGUGCGACAACGCCGAGAUGGCGGCGGGCCAGAAUGCGGAGGUGAUCCAGAACCAGGCUGUAAAGGAGACGGCGCAGGUCGAGGCCCAGACGAAAAAGGACAUCGCCGAGCUGCAGGCCGAUUGGCAGCUGAAGGAGCAAAAGGUGCUGAACGACGCGGACCUGGAAGUCUCCAAGAAGAAGGCGGAGAUCCUCGCGCUCCAGCGGGAGGCGAAGUCCAAGACGGAGGCAGACCGCGCACGCAUCAUUGCCGAGGCGGAGGCGUACUCGAAGCAGAAGCAGACAGAGGCCGCUGUCGAUAAGGCGGCCAAGCUGGCCAACGGCAAGAAGCACCUCGGCGAGGCGGAGGGUGAGGCGAGCGCCGCGUUUGCGGCGCGGCGCGCCCAUGAGGCCGAGAUGAAGCGCCUGGACAUCCUGGAGAAGAUGACGAUGAAGAAGGGCGUGCAGAUCGCGACCUCCCAGGAGAACACCAUGGGCCUCAGCGAGGACAACCGGGUGGUCACCAGCGUCGCCCAGCAGGGCUUGGAGGCGUUCCGCGCGAAGCUCGCGGAGAUGACCGCAGGCUCGCUGGCCAAGCUGGAGGCGGCGCCCGGGCAGUCGAGGAUGGCCAUCCAGAGGUAGCCGCCGGCGCCGCGCACCACCGCCGCACCGCGGAGCACCGCGGAGAAACGCCGGGCCCCGACCCGUGGGCCGGAAGGGGCCUAUAUGAAGGCGCUCGCCUUCUAAGGAUGCGGUUGACGGCCAUCCACGGAGACAUGAUUUCCAAUUGUAUAUUACAUUAAUAGGUUCGCACGGUCGCCUCACCCAUCCUCACUCAAUGAAAAAUGCUCCUCCACCAUCCGAUACUUCGCUAUAUUCCUGCUACGUCUCCAAUCCCUCCUCUCUCCUAUUCGCCAGCUUGUCAUUUGAUAGCCCCC